AUGACUUCAAUUGAUAGCUUGGGCUUACCCUUAAAGUUUGGGCCAGGCUCUACACUGUUGCGAAACGUCAUUGGGACAUGUCCUAUUGAUCAUCAAAAGCUGAGCAAGGAUAAAGCGUCACCUUUCAACACUGAAAAAGAAACUGUCAUGACAAUCUUGGCUUUCUUUUUAGCGGCUAUACUGUCGUGGCAUCUCCCUGUCAACAAAAUACGACAAAUGCAUCAGUGUGAGUGCAUUAGGAGAUGUUGGGUAUUGGGGUUGUUGAAAUUCAACUCACUUCAAGGAGCUCAUCAUCUGUCGAGUUAUUUCCUUUCAACCUUGUUUAUCUUGCGAUGGUUGCCAUCCCCAACAAAUAUUAUUACGAGCCAGUAG